AUGGAAGAAGCUUUCAGGCGUCUCAACGGCCUCGACUCCAACGAAUCCUUCUCCGACCACCCAAAGAAGUGCGCCUCCGCUGCCAACAAGAGGGCUUUGAGAGAUAACGGCGCCGGCGGUAUAAGGUACCGUGGAGUCAGGCGUAGGCCCUGGGGUCGUUACGCCGCCGAGAUAAGAGACCCUCUGUCAAAGGAAAGACGCUGGCUCGGUACCUUCGACACGGCUGAGGAAGCCGCUUGCGCUUACGACUGCGCCGCUCGAUCCAUGCGUGGCCUGAAAGCUCGCACCAACUUCGUCUACCCAACUUCGCCUUCUCCUCCUCCUUCUUUCAACUUUCCCAGACAAUCUCCGAUGUCGUCUGUUAAUAUUAACAAGAACCUCCUUAACCACCGCCAUGUGGGAGCUUCUAGUUGGUCCAACCCUCGUGCCUGUUCAACCCACCACCACCGGAACCCUACCUCGAAUAUGAUUAUGCACCCUGAUGUUCUCAACCCUUCUUUGGUUCCCUCUUCUUCUUCUUCUACAUCGUCCACCUGUCCCACGUGUACUUGUCUCCGAAGUUGCUGUUUGAUGAAUUCUUCUGGUGGCACUAACACUAUUAGUAGUAGCACAUGUGGGUUUGCUUCCGUUUCGAUGAACACAACCCACCAUAAUGGGAUAACUAAAAGCAAUUUUGAAGCUGAUGAUGAUCAAUUUGAGUUCUUUCCAGGACAAGCUUCAGGCUCGGGGUUGUUGGAGGAGAUAGUUCAUAAAUUCAUGUUAACUUCGAAGCCCGAGAAAUUUGAGGCUCCUACUCCAGAGUUACCCUCUCAGCCAGUGCCUGAUCCCACAUUUGAUCCAGCUUCUCAAUGCCAUAACGAAACAAAGAAAGAGUGUUUUGGUGUCUAUUUUGACGAGCCUGUAGGUUUUCUUCCCAUGCAACAUCAGAUUGAAGGUUUUGAUGAGCAGGCUAUGCAUUUUGGCAACGGUCAGUUGAUGAACCAUGCAGAUUUCUCAUUCACUCAAGAUCUUGUUCGUUACCAAGAGAUUCUUAAUGCCUUUGCAGCCAGCGUCCAAAACGCUUAA